UUUUUAAUUCGCAAUUUAAAAAGGAAAAAAAAAUGGCAGGAGAAUCAGUGACGUUAAUAGGGUUCUGGGGUAGUCCAUUUGUCCUCAGGGUCAAAUGGGCUCUUGAACUAAAAGGGAUUCAGUACCAAUAUGUGGAAGAAGAUCUCAGCAACAAGAGUGCCAUGCUCCUGCAAUAUAACCCUGUUUACAAGAAGGUGCCGGUUCUUGUGCAUGAAGGUAAGCCCCUGGCGGAAUCACUAGUGAUUCUUGAAUAUAUUGAUGAGACCUGGAAGCAAAAUCCCCUUCUUCCACAAGAUCCCUAUGAAAAGGCCAAGGCACGAUUCUGGUCAGGAUUCGUUGAUGAAAAGAACACAUGUUAUCGUGUUCUUUUUGUCCCCUUGGUAACACACUCGACCUUUCUUAUUCUCCGUGUUAUGGCCACCUUUUCCAAAGGUGGGGAGGAACAACAGAAAGCAGCACAAGAAGCUCGGGAGAAUCUAAAGACCCUUGAAGGUGGGAUUGAGGGAAAGCGCUACUUUGGAGGUGAAAAAAUAGGCUUCGCUGAUAUUGCUAUUGGCUGGCUUGGAUACUGGGUACAAAUAGUGGAGGAAAUUGUGGGCAUAAACCUGAUUGAUAAAGAGUUGAUGGCUAAGCUUGAUGCUUGGUUCAAUGAUUUUCUUGAGCAUCCUGUCAUCAGAGAAAGCAUGCCACCACGUGAUAAACUGCUUAACCACAACACGGCCUUCCACAAGGUCUUGACAUCUUCAUCCACUUGAAAGGCUUUGCCCCGUCAAUAUCAUGUGUAUGAUAUGAGUUGUGUAUUGCCAUAAAUAGCCACGUCACACGUACAUGAGCUCAAAGCCAACCUAUCAUGUUGUGAACGCCGAAAACUACAAGGAAGUGAUAGUUUCUUGUAAUAUCCAAAGGAAAUCCUCGCAUGUACAUAGUAUAGUAGUCUGAAAGCAAUGACAUUGUCCAGCUUAAUAUAUUUGGACGACCAUAUUAAAUGUUGCUAUAUUUAUGUUUAAAUAAAGCAAACAUGUUGAAUGAUAUUUACCAAUAUGCUGGAACUGAUUGAUGAAUGGAUGAAACUUCUGGGUUGACGUUGGAUACUUGGAUUGAAAAGCUUUUCUGAUUCAGAUCCCACGAAAAUUUUCAACACUUAUUGAGUCUCAUUACUGCU